CGUGUCUUGAAGGCAUCUUAUUCUCGCUCUUCAGCUGUUAAAUAUUCUGGAUCCAAAAGCCCCGGGCUCUUCCGACGCAGCAAAUCACCAGCCUCAGUAAAGAGGGGUGGCCACUACUCCAGUGCCUAUUCUACAGCCAAAUCCCCAGUUAAUGGGACUCCCAGCAGCCAGCUUUCUACUCCUAAGUCUACGAAAUCCUCCAGCUCCUCUCCAACCAGCCCAGGAAGUUACCGAGGAUUAAAGCAGAUUUCUGCACACAGCGGAUCUUCUUCUAAUGUCAACGGUGGACCUGAACUUGAUCGUUGCAUGAGUCCCGAAGGUGUGAACGGAAACAGGUGCUCCGAAUCCUCCACUCUUCUAGAGAAGUACAGAAUCGGGAAGGUCAUCGGUGAUGGCAAUUUUGCCGUGGUCAAAGAGUGCAUGGACAGGUGCACUGGACAGGAGUUUGCCCUGAAGAUCAUCGACAAAGCCAAGUGUUGUGGCAAGGAGCACCUGAUCGAGAACGAAGUGUCGAUCCUGCGCCGCGUGAAGCAUCCCAACAUUAUCAUGCUGGUCGAGGAGAUGGAAACGGCCACGGAGCUCUUCCUGGUGAUGGAACUGGUCAAAGGUGGAGAUCUCUUUGAUGCGAUCACCUCUUCUACCAAGUACACGGAGAGAGACGGCAGCGCCAUGGUGUACAACCUCGCCAACGCCCUCAGGUACCUCCACGGCCACAGCAUCGUGCACAGAGACAUCAAGCCGGAGAACCUCCUGGUGUGUGAAUAUCCUGACGGCACCAAGUCUUUGAAAUUGGGAGACUUUGGGCUGGCGACGGUGGUGGAAGGACCCUUGUACACAGUCUGUGGCACACCCACCUACGUGGCUCCAGAGAUCAUUGCUGAAACUGGCUAUGGCUUGAAGGUGGACAUUUGGGCAGCAGGCGUGAUCACCUACAUACUGCUCUGUGGAUUCCCACCCUUCCGCAGUGAGAACAAUCUCCAGGAAGAUCUCUUUGACCAGAUCUUGGCGGGCAAGCUGGAGUUCCCGGCUCCCUACUGGGAUACCAUCACGGACUCGGCAAAGGAACUGAUCAGUCAAAUGCUUCAGGUGAAUGUUGAAGCUCGCUGCACUGCAGGACAAAUCCUACGUCACCCCUGGGUGUCAGAUGAUGCCUCCCAGGAAAAUAAUAUGCAAGCGGAGGUGACAGGUAAACUAAAACAGCACUUUAAUCAUGCGCUCCCCAAACAGAACAGCACCACUACCGGGGUGUCAGUCAUCAUGUUUGAGAGACUUCAGAGUUUCACUCUUUCCCCUGUUGAGACUGUGGGAACCCUCGAAGCCAGAGCCUGGUAUUCAACCUGCUGUGCUCAGCCCCGGCAGCUUCUCAGCCCCAGCCCUUCUUAAAUCCGCUCGCCGGCCCUGAGCCACGCGGCCUGGGUCUCCCCAGCGCCUACUGACACAUCUGCAGCCAGCCAAGCGCACCCCUGGAAAACUUUGAUUUAACUGAACACUCGCAGCUUCCCGCACGCACUGCCUCCCUUCCGGAUCAUAAGCUGGCGAGUGUGAGGGGGUGGCCAGUGGCGGCCCCCU